AUGUCCAACAAGGUCACGCCGACGGGCUUCGUGCCUUUCGUCCAGCGCGACGCCGCAGGCGACGGCCCUGCUCCGUCGCCCCUGCCCCAGGCAGCCAGGACGGAAAACACCCCCCCAGGCGACGAUGCGGGCGCGCCUGCGGUCCUUGGCGGCGGAGGCUCCCCGCAACACGCCCGACCGGAGCCGCAGGACCCGGUCGCCGACGAGGGCGAGGCCGCGGCGCUGCUCGCGCUGGACCAGGGCCGCAGCGACGACGCUGGACCGGGCGCCGGCGCCGCCCAGCACAAUCACCAUCACCAGGGGGGGGACGGGGCGUCGGGGUCGACGCCGACGGAGCGCACGCACGCGGGCGACGCGCAGCUGCCGCCGGCGCUGUCGUCGACGCGCGCCGUCACGUCUACUGCGCGGAGCAUGCGCCACACCCUGCGCAGCAAAGCCCCGCAGAUGAGCAAGCACGAGGAGGACGAAGCCAUCAACGUCGCGCUGGUGCAGGCGGCGUACAACGGCGACGUCGAGGAGGUCUGGCGCAUGGUCGAGGACGGCGCCGACACCCACUACGUGGCGACCAUGGAGCAGAUCCUCGGCAAGAAGGGCGCCGUCGCGCAGAUGCAGGUCACCAAGAACGCCUCGCAGCGCAACAUGAGCCCGAUGCGCGCGAGCGUCGGCAAGGGCCACCUGACGUCCAUGGCGGCCGAGUUCUCGGAGCACGACUCCGCGCGCAUCGGCGGCGUCACGGCGCUGUACGCCGCGGCGUGGAAGAAGCACUACGAGGUGGUGCGCGCGCUCGGGCUCAUGGCGAAGAAGGGGAUCGGGCUGCCAAGCGACCCGAUGCAGCACGUGCAGCUCGCGGCUGGGUACAAGCUCUUUCACUUUGUGGCGCUGGACAUGUCGCUAUACUGGAAUGACAUCGAGCGCGCGUUCAAGACGCUCACGACGGCCGACGAGUUCUUCGGGCGCGGCGUGGGCCGCAAGGACGUGAUCAACUGCCAGGCCGACAACAUGCGCACGCCCGUGCGCGUUCUAUUCGAGUACAUCACCGAGUUCAAGACGCGCGCCGGCUCCAAGUCGAAGAUGAUCAAGGCCUUCGACGACCUGGAGUCCGACUUCCGCAUCAAGGGCAACAAGGGGAGGUGUCCGCUGGACACGCUGGUCGACAUGGCGCCCGACAUCGCCGAGCAGCUCGUCGAGGACCAGAUGAAGGGCACGGUGUACGAGGAGAUGUGCCGCGACGCGCUGAGCCAGCCGGACAUCGUGUCGCGCAUGCUCAUUCGCCGCGCCGCGCUGGGCGAGGCGGAGAAGGUCAAGGACCUGAUCGUGAACCGAAACGCGGACCCGAACUGGGCGGACGAGGACGGGAUGACCGCGCUGUACGCUGCGGCGCGCGGGAAGAAGGCCGACGUGAUCCGCGCGCUCGGGGAGCUCCGGCAGGAGGGCGUGAUUCCGCGCGCGGACCCGCGCAUCUUCGACCCGUGCUCCGCCGGCUACACGCUCUUCCACUUCCUCGUCUCCGACCUCGACCAGUACCACCCCGAGAAGACCAAGACCGCGCUGCGCGACGCGCACAUCUAUUUCGGGAACGUGCGCGCGAUGGAGGCGCCGGACAAGGACCACAAGGGCAAGCCGCUGCGCACGCGCAUCAUCAACAUGCAGGCGUCCGGCGCGAAGAACGAGGACCUCCUCACGGGCCACCACACGGGCCACCACGCCGCGGAAGGGUCGGCGCACGUGAGCGGCCAGGUCGUGGAGCGGCGGUCGACGCACCCGGGGUCGCGGCGCUGGGUCAACGGCGAGAAGAAGACGCCAGCGCACCUCGUUCUGGAGUCGACCGUGGACAAGCAGAUCAAGUUGGACAUCAUCCAAGAAUUGGUGUAUUUAGGCGCGGAUCUGACCGUGCCGGACAUCCGGGGCGUGACGCCGCUCGCGCUGCUCGUCGCGCUCGACCCGGGCUGGGCCAAGGAGAUCGGCCUCGACCACAUGUACCGCAGGGAGACGUGCAGGUACUCGGACCUGCUGUCGAUGGGCGUCCCGCCGCGGGAGCAUUUCAAGUACGUCAACGUGCGGUUCGGUUGGUGGACGGAGCUGGCGGCGGAGGGGGGCCGGCUGGAGCAGAAGGAGUUCCAGCAGGACCUGAAGCUGCUCGCGGUGAUCGCCAGCAACCAGCACGCGCACUGGCUGCUGAAGCAUCCCGUGGUGGACCAACAGGUGCAGGCGCACUGGCUGAGCGGGCACCGGCGGCGGAUGAUCCGCGUGACGUCGAUCGUGAGCUUCUUCGUGCUGAUCCUGACCGUGAAGAUGGCCAUGAGCAUGAUCGAGGGCCCGCAUCGCUACGUCGACAUCGGAGGCUACGUCAUGAUCAUACUCGAGGCUUUCAUAUUCAUGAUGAACUUCUACUUCCUGGGAAUCGAGUUCCUCGACCUCGCGGAGAUCCGCCACGCCGAGCGGAACGAGUUCCGCCAGGAGGUCGACGUGGUGUUCGACCGCCUCGAGGAGGAGGGCUUCGUCACGAAGGAGGACGGCACCACCGACGAGCUCGCGGACGAGCUCGGCGCGCCCGACCUACCCCUCGAGGUUCUGUCUCACGCGUUCGACUUCUACUGCAAGAUCCAGGACGACGAGAAGGCCAAGUUCAACGGCGGGCUCGGGAAGAAGUACUUCUUCAAGAUGUGGGCCGACCUCACCGGGCGCGGCAUGUGGAUCACGGCACUCAAAACCUACCUGUCGUCGGUCUUCAACGUCAACGACAUCACCCUCCACGUCAUGGUGCCCUCGCUCCAAAUCUACCGCCUCAUCCACUACUUCACCUCCCACCAAGACGCCGAGCCGGACUCGCACCACAUCCACAAGCACGUCGACAUGUGGCUCAUGGUCGCCAUCGCGCUCCUCGCCUGGGGCAAGAUGGCCCGCCACUUCCUCACUUUCCAGCCAAUGGGGCCACUCGUAAUGAUGGUCUUCACCAUGGUGCGGCGCGACAUCACACGGUUCAUGUUGAUCCUCGCGAUGUUCUACUUCGGGUUCGUCACGGCGUUCUUCGUCGUGAUGCGCAACAGCGACGAGACGCCGGACUUCCGCACGUUCCCCAAGACCAUGUAUCGGAUGUUCUUCCUCAUGCUGGACGGCGUGUCUGACUACCUGGACCCGCUCACGUCCGCGAGCCCCUACGUCGGGCCCUUCCUCGCCAUCUCCUACGCCAUCGUCGGGCAGGUCCUGCUGCUCAACCUCCUCGUGGCCAUGAUGGCCACCUCGUACGAGGAGGUGUGGGAGCGCGCCGAGACGGCGUACCGUCUGCAGGUCGUGGAGGCGAUUCUGGAGAUCGACCGGCGGACGGAGUCGAUCGAGUCGUCGCAGAUCUCGAAGAUCCAGCAGCGGGCGCUGGCGCUGGCGCAGCAGGGCGUGCAGAAGGCGGCCCAAGGGGCCAUGGCGGCGGCAAACGCCGUCACGCGCAAGGAGCUGGAGCAGCAGAAGACGACGAAGAAGAAGAAGAUGAGCGCGCUGCACGCGCACACGAAGGAGGACGCGCGCGAGCUCUUCCUGCCCUAUCAGACGAAGAUCAUCAUGGAGCGGGAUCUGGAGGACAUGGCUGCGGACGACGACGGGUAUGAGUCGCGGAAAAUGGCCGAGACGCUCGAGAAGCUCGCGGACCAGGUGCAGCGGAUCAUCGACACCGUCGACGUCAUCGAGUACAACCAGAAGAGGAUGGCAGAAGGGAUCGGGAAGAACAUUCUGGAUCCUCCCGACAUGGAUGACGUCAACGGGUGA